AUGCUCGCCAGACUCGAUUUAGCUGCUGCCACCCCAGCGCGAGCCGAGUGGGGAAAAAAAGCAAGCAAGGGGGUGAAAGAAUGCGAGGGAAAGAGUGCGACGGCCGCCGCGGGAGUGUGUGUGGCGCAGCUCGAGCCGAGGACACCUGUGGCUGCGCUGUGCCGUGCGUGCCCGCAUCUGCGUGCCGUGCGUGACGCGCACAACAGGUACCGCACGCACGGAGCCAGGCCAGGCCAGCGCGGCGCGGGCCGGCCUACCCAGCCGCCGGGCCCGGCCAACUUUGCCAAUUACGGCCGCGGCCCGCCGCCGCCGCCGCCGCCGCCGCCGCCGCCGCCGCGCUUCAUUACGGCCGCGGGCCGGCCGCGCCGCGCCGCGCUGCUCGUCCCUGCUAUACGCCCUGCUCUGCGCCUAAUUACCCGCAACCGACUCCUCCCGGACCAACAGCUGCCCUUCUGCAAGCUCGGCCCGCGCCUUGCUUCUCACAAUCGCCUGUGA